AUGCUCAUCGACGGCGAAAAGUGGGCUUGUGAAGCUUGCGUCCGCGGCCACCGUGUGACAACCUGCAAGCACCAUGAUCGACCAUUAAUCCGCAUCAACCGCAAAGGUCGACCGUUUUCCACCUGCUCCGUCUGCAACUGCACUCCCUGCGAGGCCCCCGAAGAGCACGCCAAGCUCAAACGUGAGGCCGACGCCAAAUCUCAUUCCUCAAAAGUAGAAGUUCACCACGGCCUGCACCACACACAGCACCCAAACAUUUUGUGA